AUGAGGAUAAGAAAGGCGACACUGUUUCAAUUAUUUAUUAUCGGCUUGUUCGGUCUGACGGUGGAUGUAAUUGGGCUGAAAGUGAAUAAGGACCGCCAGCAGCAGCAGCAGCGACAGCUUGCAGGUGGUCCAACCGGCCGGGGUCAGACUGCUGGUGGCCAUAAUCAGGAUCGAGCCGGUUAUGUGCUGCCAACCGACGAAUUCGGCUACAUUUCCGACGCGAUGCUGCCGGAUGUGCACGGUGACGGAUCCCAUGGAUCGGUCGGUGCGGCGCCAUCGAAAGCAUCAUCGGGAAGGUCGGACUUUUCGACCAGCUUUCCGGUCUUUUCCGGGACGGUGACGAACGUGAAACCGGCGCACGAUGAUGCCGGUGAGGAUGAGGACGAUGAUGACGAGGAUGACUACGAGGAUGGUGGCGAGUUGCUGGGACCUUUCGAUGUUGACAGCCGGGCGACCGAGGAUCGGGGCUCGGAAGCUCACAAACACGACUCACUCGACUACACGGGCAACUACGAUACGCCUGAGAUGGAUCAGAUCGAGAGCUUUGGUGGUCCCACGGAUGGAACGCCACUUCCGGUGUUUCUGGUCGAACCGAAGGGUGCGUUCGUCAUGAAGAACCGACCGGUGGAGUUGUACUGCAAAGCGUCACACGCUCUCCAGAUCUCGUUCAAGUGCAGCGGAACCACGAAGCCACCACCGACGGUGAAAGAACACCACACGGACCCGCACAGCGGCAUUCAGCUGCAGGAAGCUACAGCCACCAUCACGCGUGAGCUGGUCGACGAGUUCUUCGGUGAAGGCCCUUUCAAAUGCGAGUGCCGUGCGUAUUCAUCCCGGGGCCACGUCAAGACGCAACCGGUCAUGAUCCAGGUGGCGACCAUCAAGAAGCAAAUUAGCAUCUCACCGAAGACGGUGCGCGUCGGUACGGGUGGCCGAGCUGAACUGAGCUGCAUUGCGCCUGCAACACCGGUGGCCAAGGUGGCCUGGCUGAAGAAUGGCGUACCGGUGCAACCCAAUCCACCAUUCGUGCUGCUCACCGACAGCACGCUCCUGAUUGCGCGCGUAGAAAUACAGGACAUGGCCAAUUAUACAUGUGUUGCGGAGAACAUCGCCGGCAAGCGCGUCUCCGAGCCGGUCCCAAUCAUCGUGUUCGUUGACGGAGGCUGGAGCUCGUGGGGUCCCUGGACGGACUGCAAGUGUCCUGGCCAUCCGAAGCAGGGCCAAAAGCGUACGCGCGUCUGCAACAGCCCCGUCCCGAUGAACAGCGGUGCGGCGUGUUCUGGAGCCAGCACCGAAUCCACCCUCGACUGUCUGCCGUGUUCUGACGAUGUGCAAAUCGUGAAUCCAAACGGAUAUCACCUCAACGCCGGACGAUGGUCGGGCUGGUCAGAGUGGAGCUCGUGCGGACCGGACUGUACCCAAACGCGUCAACGCUCCUGCAUCGGUGGUUCUCCGGCGUCCCAUCUGGCUGGCAGCGUCCCGGUGGCCACGGCCGCCCUAGUGGCCAACGGAUCCUCAGCGCAAGCAUUCGCCAUCGAUGGUGGUGCCAUCGUGAGCUGCCUCGGGAAGAGCCAACAGUCGCUCAAAUGCACCGGCGGGAUGUGCAACUACACCGUGCAAGAUUCCAACUGGCACGUGUACUUGUGGGUGGUUUUGAUCGCUGGCCUCUGUCUCGGAAUCGGCGCCGGGAUAUCGAAGGUCAUCCGACGGAAGAAAACAAUUCCGGCCUAUAAUCUGGCUCGUUCAGAAAUGCCAACCGAGUAUUUCGCCAACGAGAGCAAGAAGCUGACCCAUUUCCAGCCGGACCUGACGCAGAACACGGGAGCCAUCAAUUACGAGUACCCGCUGACAGCGCCCCACCAGCCCCAUCUGGCGGGUGGCCAGCUCCAUCAUCAUCAUCAGUCUUCGCUGCAUCAUCAGCACGGCAGCAGCCUGCUAGGGCCGACGGUUGGGCCACAUCACCCACCAAACCAAUCGCAGCAAGCGCCAACCCUUCCGAUUGGGGGCCUCAAAUCGUCACUGCCUUUGCCACGGUCCAAUUCCGAGCACCAUUACGACGUGCCCCAUUUAUGCAAUAACUACAUCUACCCGCUGGACAAAGUCAGCAUCAAUGAAUCAUACUCCUCGUCCACGUACUCGAAGCGCGUGUGCAGCGUGGAAUCGCUCGAAACAUCGACCAACACAUCGGGUGACUCCACGUACGAUCAGGCACCGAUGCUCCCGAACAGCUCACCGGCCAUCCGACCGACGACACUUGUCGAGGAUUCAGGCGCUUUCCGCAGCUCCGAAGUCACGCAGGUGACACUAACUCCUGCAGGUGCGCUACUCCGGCUCAACACCUACUCGACGGCACUACUCAUCCCGGAAGGAGCCAUCCCGAAGCAUCAGCGCCACAACGUCGUCCUGUCGAUCGUGCGUGACGACAAACAUCACGUACCGUUACCGACAGGACCCCGGUCGACGUAUCUGAGCCCGGUCGUGUUCUGUGGUCCCGUCGACACGAAGGUACACAAACCGUUCGUCAUGAAGUUGCCCCAUUGCGCCGAGAACCUCUCGAACUGGGUGUUUUCCCUAUACAGUGCACCCGAUAACUUUACCUCCUGGAGUAAGGUCGUGACGAUCGGUGAGGAGACGAUCAACACGCCGGCAUUGGUGCAGAUCGAUCGGCGGUACGCGUAUGUCCUGACCGAAACCUUUGGCAAGUACGUGCUGGUGGGUGAGUCCGCCAACGAUCUGCAGGAACGUGUGGCCUGUAAAAAGCUGCGCCUGUUCAUCUGUGGACCUUCAACAGUGCCCGAGUUUUCCGACGUUAACCUGCGGAUUUACGUCGUCGAGGAUAACCCUGGUGCGGAGGAGCGCUGUCGGCACUGUGAGCAGGAGAUCGGUGGUGUCCUGUUAGGGCGCAGCUCAGUACUAAACUUCGCCGACGUUGGACAUGGUCUUAGCAUCGAUAUGCGAUGUGUCGGUGGUUGGCGUACGAAAAGUGGCAGCGAACGGCAGACGAUCCCAUUCGCGCACAUGUGGCAUGGUAGCAAUACGCCACUACACUGCAGUUUCCGGCUUUGCCGAACGGAGCACGAUAAGUGUGACUUUAAAAUUGAGGUGCAAGCUUCACAGGACCUCGGCCCACUGGAUGGGUUCGGGUGUGGUGGAGAACCAGCCACGCUUAGCAUCACGGAAUUCACGCCUUUACCGAAAGAUGGCCAAUGUCAGCAUUCAUCCAGCUCGUUCGAAACCAUGACCGUGUGCAGUGUGGGUUCUGGAUCGGGUGAUCGUACCAGCGUCGUAUCGACCGAUCACUUCCGGCUGUCGAAGGACGUAAAGCGGAAGUUGUGCCGGUGUCUCGAUCCACCCACACAGAAGCGCAACGACUGGCGCAUGUUGGCGGCACAUCUGAACGUCGAUCGCUACCUGACGUACUUCGCGACACGACCAUCACCCACUGAUCAGAUCCUGGACCUGUGGGAAUGCCGCAACCGGGAGCUGAACGCCGUACAGCAGCUGAUCGAAAUCUGCCGAACGAUGGAGCGUCCGGAUGCGGUCGCGAUUCUCGAACAGAUUCAACCACCGGCCCCGUGGUUGUAG